AUGCCGAACGUUACUUAUUCAGUCAUGCCGAACGUUCACAUCUUUCCCCCUCGCCCUUCACUCACUGGUGGGAACUACUGCCGUGUUGUCUUCUAUAUCAUGCCUCCAGAGGAUGAUGGAAGCAUCUAUUAUGUCUCUAUCAACCCGGCUACAAAGAACCGAAAAGCCCACCUGGAUUGGAUCUGCAUGAACCAUCAGUCCCGGGAUGGUCAGACAUGCCUGAGAUGGAUCAGAUUCUGGGACAUGUCUAUCAACCCUUCUCCCCUGCUGUCUCUCCCCCCAGAGGUCCUGUGCAUGAUCUUGAAUGAGGUCAAAGAAAGGGCGGAUCUUGAACGACUGCUACAAGCUUGUCCAAGACUAUACAACCUUAUCAUCCCUUUCAUAUGGCGAACGGUUAACAUCAGCCUUCGCGUCAACAAGAAUUGUGAAUCUGAGCCGACAGAUGUGACAGCUUACUCCCGGGCCCGUUCGGGAAGAUUCGACCGUCUUGAAUUUGUCAAACGGGUUGUUGUAAAAGGCACAUCAAUCCCCCAAGCAUUCUGUAUUCACCGUAAUCGGGAUUUCGGCUCUUUCUUCGAAGAUGAGGGUGAAGAAAUAGGUGAAUUCUUGAGCUCUCUGAACGAAAACAGCUUGAAAGGAUUCAUUUGGGCCACCGGCACCUGUAUGUCACCCUAUGUCAUGGGCCGCUGGGCACGUCUAUCAGACAGACAUCCCGAUCUCGAAGAACUGAGCCUUAUGUUGAACCCUGGAUGCAUAGCUUCUCAGAUGUACCUACAUGUGGAAGGAUUCAAACGCCUCAAGUAUCUUUCACUGCGAGGACUCAAUAACACUGCCAUAUGCGACAGCUAUUGGGAAAUCCAGGAUGGUCUGCAAGCCUCAUCCUCCACACUGGUUGAGCUUGAGCUCGCUAUUGUGCCAGAAACAGACACUAUUCCAUACGAAGGUAAAUGGGAUGGUGCGGAAGUCUUCCCAUUCAAUGAGGUUCCUUGGGUUCGUUUGCUUUUCCCAAAACUUCGAGUCCUUCAUCUGGAAAUGAUCUCAUUGCUGUCUUGUGCAAGCAAGCUCGCACAGGCUGUUGACCUGCCAUCUCUGACUUCAUUGACGCUCCGCCAGUGCGAGGGUUGGGACGCUUUUUGUCACCACAUGAUACAUGUACAAGGGCCCCUGAGACUCAAACACCUUGAACUAGUGUGGUACUCCGGGCACGUCAACUAUCACAAGGGGAUCAUUGAAGUUCUGAACCGCUCUCCCCAUAUUGAGACUGUCUCUAUCUGCAACGGUCUGAUGAGUUCUCAUUUUGAAACACUCGUGGCCUGGCAUGCGAUUUGUCAUGGUCGUACCAGCCUGAGAGGCUUCGUUCAUCAUAGAAUGGAGUUUGGAGCUAAAAUGGAUUGUCCUUCUCCCUUGCAAGAUCCGAAUCAAGGGCGUUCUAAUGACAUGCACCUUUUGCAUGCAAUUUCAGGGGUCAUUGUCUCGUCUAGAGAAAAUCCAUUCACUCUAUCCGACCUGCAAUUUCUUGGGUUAUGCUGUUUCCCGACAGAAAACUUGCGAGGCAUCCUCUAUCCUCUAUCCUACCGGAACCGCCUACGUGUCCUGCAUUUCCGCAAAUCAGCCUCUAACAUGAAUGCAGUCGCGGCAUUUACCAAAGCACUCGAUCACUUUGCUCACUGGGCGUUUGGUCGCGAGGGCAUCCCAUCUCUUCAGUUGAUCUUGUUCGGGGACUAUUCCACUUUCAAGGUUAGAAAGGGGGCAAACUGUCGUUACGACCGAAUCGAUAAAUCUCCGUUUUACACUUUAAAAGUUGAUCCGGAUGUCUCUGAUCUUUCUCCUCGGUUCUUGUCGUUGGUGAAGGCUUGUCCCACUCAGUACAUUAUGAAGUGA